AAUUCGAUCAAAUAUUCAGGAAUUUUCGAAUCGACGGAGAUGGUGAAGGAGUGGAAUUCAAAGCGCCGGAGAAGAUUCAUAGACCGCCGCGUGAUAAUAACGAAUUGCCGGUUUAUCUGCCAAUUCGUUUGCACCGACGUGGCUUGUGAAUGACAAUAAUACCCUCAGCCUAUAAAUAUAAAUAACGAAAUUACCCCCGUUGAACAAAACAACUCGAUUUUAGUUUACUGUGUAUUUUUGCGAAGCUUCUCUUCUCUAUUGGAACUUAAGCGAUUCCAGUAAAACGGCACACAACUGCAAAACCCUAAUCUCAAUUUCUGUGGAAUAUUUGGAAUUUGAGUAGAAGAGAUGAACAGAGGAAGAAGGAAUCUGAAACAAGCGGCGUCAGAGCAGGAUUUCACGCUUGAGGAAUGUCAGAGCAUUGCCCAAGUCGUCUCUCUCAGAGGUUCCAAUCAAAUUGAGAUAAUGGAUGCAAAAGGAGAGAACUCAUUAGCUUUGUUUCCAGCUAAGUUUCGUGAGAGCAUGUGGAUCAGACGAGGAAGCUUUGUAGUGAUUGACCAUACAGGAAAGGAAAAGGCUCAAGAGUCUGGUAGUAAAGUUACAUCUAUUGUCUGUAAAGUUCUAUUCUUUGAGCAAGUCCGUCUCCUUCAAAAGUCCCCGGAAUGGCCGGAAAUCUUCAAAGAUACUAAACCGAUUCCAGCUGAUAAAAGCUCACCCAUUGAACAGCAUGAAGAUGACGGUGAAAUUGAUUCGAGUGAUGAUGAUGAUGAUGGCAUGCCCCCAUUGGAAGCAAACACAAACAGAUUGAGACCGUUUGGUGUGCAAUGUACUGCAGAAACAGAUUCAGGGUCAGAUUCCGAUUCAUAG